GCCACAUAAUUAUCUAAUAAAUAGAAAAAUUUUCUGUUAGAGGGCAAGUCUCUGUUUUUCGAGACACAGUCAGAUAUCGAGAAGAAAAAUGUGUAAAAUCAGAAAAAUAUAAAUAAACCGAAAAUUUAAAAUAACUUAUCAUGGAAGGUGAAAAAAUUUUAAUGGCUGCAGGUGUAACUGUAGCAGCAGUUGUCGGUGCAUUUGUCUUUUGGGGCCCUUCGGGUAAUAGUUCAUCACGUUUGCGUCAACGCAGAGGUCAAAUUGCCGGACUGCAUAAUUUCGGGCAAACAUGCUUCUUAAAUACAUUAUUGCAGGCGCUUGCUGCCUGUCCACAAUUUAUAGCUUGGCUCCAGUUAUAUAAUAAUGCUAAUUCGGAUCGAAAGAGUUUGAUAUCAUCUCUUUUGAGUACGCUUGAAGUGGUUAAUGGCACGCACUCUACCUUGCGUGGCGAUCCAUACUCUCCUGGUGCAGUUAUGCGAGCACUGCACGCACUUGGUUGGGUUAUACCACAGGAAGAACAUGAUGCUCAUGAAUUAUUUCACGUUAUCCUAGCUAGUCUGGAAGAGGAGGCUUUGAGACCUAAAAAAGUUGGUUGCCUUUCAGAUGCUUUACCGAUUGUGGCUUCCGGUGCCCAAGGAGAUCAGCCCGACAGACCAUCAAGUGCAAUGUUAACUGAUUUUCUAAAUACAGAAUAUGAUGAAUCCACUAGUUUGACACGCUUGGUACGUUCUGAAGCACAUACACCUGACUCACCAUCAUCAGUUUGCGAACGUGAAAUGUGCGCCGGAGAAGGUGGUGCUACCAGCACAUCACCAAUUGAAGUGAUGGAUUUUGAUCCACUGGCAUCGCCGGUACUAGGUGGGCAACGCUCCAGUCGCUCCCGCACAGCACAAAUACCACGCAAUCCGUGGUCGGAAAAUCUGAACAAACGAGUUUCCUCUUCUUGUCGUUCAUUAGAGCGUCUUAGCCGUGGUCCAGGAAGAGUAUCUAUUUGGUCUGAUCAAAUGCCAGCACAAGUAGCUAUACCUUUCCAAGGUGCUAUGGGCACACAAAUCGUUUGCAAUGGCUGCAAUUUCAAAUCCACCGUUCGUUACGAUAAAUUUGACAGCAUUACACUAAAUUUACCACCUCAACGUCGUUCUGGACUUAGUUUGGGACAUUUGCUCAGUGAAUAUAUAACAUCUGAAGAACUGACCGAUGUUAAGUGUGAAUCCUGCAAUGAAACCACCAGCCAUACAAAAUCUCUGACAUUCGCUAAAUUACCUGGUUGUCUUUGUAUACAUAUUGCACGCACAGUUUGGCUGCAAACUGGUCAAAUAUGCAAACGCCAAGAUUAUGUGCAUUUUCCUGAAAGUUUGUCAAUGGCACCGUACAGUUUUGUGCAACCACAUUUGAAUAGUCAAGCUGGCACCCCAUGGGGAUCUACCUUGUCUUUAUUCUCGUCUAGCUUACCAUUGAAUAGUUUGGGUGGCCAUGAGUCAUAUGGCAGUACAUUCGGUGCCAUGUUUCCCAAAAAUCUCUACAGGCUUUUAGCUGUUGUUGUUCACUCGGGUGAGGCAAGUAGUGGUCAUUUCGUAACCUAUCGACGCGGCGCCUUAAGAAAUGCCCACCGUUGGUUCUACACUUCAGAUACUGUUGUGCGCGAGGUCUCAAUCGAGGAAGUGCUUAGCGUACCGGCAUAUUUACUCUUUUACGAUCGUGGUCCACAGCGACGUUGAGGGGUAAUUCUGGUUGACUGAAGACAGAAUAAUUUUGAUACAAUUAAUGUGAAAGAUCUAUUUUUUAAGUUAAUUAUUGGUUUAUGUUGCUUUGAAACUGCUGCAAAUUUAUUGCUUAUUCAGUUAAUCCAUUUGGAAUGGAUGUACGCCUGCUGGCGUUGGUACAAAACGCCAUUCUUUUGUAGGAAUUUGCGGAUCUCUGCAAAAUAUAUAUAUGUGAAUUUGGCAUAUACGCUACGUUCACAUCACGGCAUUUUUAUAUAUUAUAUUUUAUAUUUAAUUAAUGUCUAAGUGUUAUGUAAAACAUGUUCCCAGCUCAAUCAUUGCAUGUGCCAUUUUGACUAGUCGGAAUUUUCAUGGCUUGUGCUCACAUUCAUAAUGAUAGUUUAUUAAAUUAUGUUUUAAAUAUAAAAAUGAUGGAAUUACAAGGCAUUUCUAAAAGUAAAUAUGAAUAUGCGUUUAGAGACUGUGAAUUACAAUGAAUGAGUUACUUUAAUUUUUAAAUAUAACUUCAUAGAAAAUUAGUUUUUAAGAAAGUUUGUUAAUUAAAAUACUUUGUUUGAUAAUUGCUCCAAAUAUAUGAAUAAGUUUUUAUUGUAAGUAUUUAUAGCAUUUCCUAGUUUUAUACAAAUGUAUUUUUUUUUGGCAUUCAUACAAAUAUACGCGAUUUACUAAACAAAAAAAAGCACACAUCUAUUAUAUUUAAUGUUGUUUCAAUGUCCGCAUACAUAUACAUAUACAUAUAGGCACAUACACUUUGUUUAUAAUAAGUAAGGGCAGUAGUUUAUUCCAAAAUAUUGAUCUACAAUAAAGCAUACGAUGAAAAAAGAAGAGAAAAUACAAAUAAAACAAUAAAGCAUUCAAUAUAGACUACAUCAGUACAUUACUUAGUAGGAACAUAAUCUCUUACAAAGUUAAUAAAUAAGAUUCUUACUAUACAACUAAAA